AUGUCUCUUCUUUCCUUACCCGUCGAGCUUCUUCUUCUAAUCACAUCCGAUCUUCACCGACGCGAUCUCAAUGCGCUCAUCCAAUCCCAUCCUCAUCUCCACCGUGCCCUCAACUGCUCCCUCUAUUACGACAAUGUGCACAACCGCGAUGCCUCGGCACUAUUCUGGUCUGCUUUCCAUGGGUCCAUCGAGACCCUAGAACAUCUCCUCAUCGCGGGUGCCAAUGUUAUCUGGGACUCAACAUACCAGCAGCAGAAUGAACACCCGUCAUCGAAAAAGCAUCCGAUCUCAUUUGCAGCUACCCAUGGACACGUCAAUAUUGUGGCGAAAUUCAUCGAACUCGGCGUCGAUAUCGACUACAAAGAUCCAAUGGGCCGUAAUCCGCUAUCCCUCGCGGCACGCGGGGGCCACAUAGAGCUGUGCCAGUUCCUCGUCAAUAAAGGGUCUCUCUUGUUAUCGCCCGAUGUCAAUGAUAUGGAUCCAACGAACCACGCAUCAGUUCAAGGCCACGGGGAACUCGAAGACUUCCUCUUUGGAGAAGUGCAAAAACGCCUUAUCCACACAAACCAUAUCUCUGCGAAAUCAAUCAUUCAACAACACCUCCAUUGGAUGCUGAGAGCCGCAGCAGAGAGAGGAGAGAACGAUCGCCUUAAACUCCUCCUGACAAAUCCCGAGGCUGAAUUAGAUAUCGUCCCCGCCCUUCUUCAGAAGGACCUUGUUCCUGACAGACGCAGCGGUCCCCCUUGGUUCCCAACUCCAUGGGGAAGCCAAACCCCUCUGAUAAGCGCCAUACAAUCAGCGCCAGAUCCCAUAAGCACGGCCAAAAUACUCCUAGAAAACGGGGCCGAUCCAAACGUUCUCGUCGCCGUUCGAAGCACUGUUCCAAUCUCGAUAUUUCCCUUGAAGAUCCUCCGCAAAUUGUAUUUAGGAAUGUAUGAAAAUGCCGCAUCCGCCGCUCUGAGAAGAGAUCAGAGUUACAGUAUUCUCGAGCUUCUACUGGAGCACGGGUUAACACCCGUGAAUUCGGAAACGACUGUGGUCCGAGCCGCACAGCUCCAAAAACUUGAUGAAUUCCGCCUCCUGAUCGAUAAUGGUGCCUAUUAUCGGAGCCAGGCUUACCGUUUAUGGCAAGUCGGGUAUAAGCCUAUACUAGAUUUACUCUUGGAGCGUGAGGUGGAUGUUAACGAGCUUCUGAAUUCCGAAAAUGAUCCGUUUGGCUUUGUCCAGAGGCCGACUCUCCCGAAUACGCCGCCCGGAACAAGGGCUGAAUGGGCUAUGUAUUUGAACGGUCAUCUGGAUAAGGAUUGA